AUGGGAUAUAAGAUAUAUUCUAACUCUGACUUAGUUCAAACAGUAACAUGGGCAAACUAUGAAUGGUUCGCUUUGAGAAACUCAGUACAACCACAAGCUAGAGAACAAACAGACCAGUAUGCAAAUAUUGAGAAAAUAAGAAGACUUGACCCUAACGUUCCAGGAGUUUAUGUUAACCUUUCUGGACAAACUGCAGCAGCAGUAACCAAAGUAAAACUGAAACUUAGAGUUCCUUUGUCAUCUUUCCUCAUCUUCAGGUUUUUAAGAUACUUGCCAAACUGGGCAGGAAAAAUUUCUAUCGAACUUACUCCAAGCAAAAAUAACUUAGUCAUUGCACCAACACAAGACCCAUUCACUAUUACAGACGUAAAGGGAACAAAUCAAACGUCAUUCGCCGAAUUUUGCAAAGACAAAGUUGACUUAGACUUUGGUUUCUCAAACUUCAACAAUGAAGUAAACUAUUAUUUCAAUGCUGCUGGAACUGCUUGGGACCCAGUUAAGUUCACAUGCGAAAAAUUUGAAUGCAAGAGAAUAGAAAGCAGACUUGCAGUCUAUAUGUUGGACCCAGAUAUUUCAAAUGCUUUAGCUGCCAAAUAUAUUGCAGUUCCACUUAUGUUCCCUAUACACCAAAUAUCUGUCAAAGACUUUGCAGGUGAAGUUGGAAACCAAAGUGCUGACCCAGGUGCAAGAACAGAUAUUGCUUUAACAACUGCAAUGAAACAUGCAGAUACUAU